AUCGUAAGUUAGUAGCAAGUUAGUUAGUGGUAAGUUAAGCUUCAGCCGAAUCAGAUGCGUUGCUGUUGAAGUGCUGUUGCGGUAAAAUGCGAUCGACCCGGUAGCCCACCGGAUAUCAUACCGAAGCCUACGCUGCCCGCGUGUGCCCGUGUGCAGAAAGAAAGUUUGGCCAAAAACCCGAACGAUAUACCAGCACACACACACGGUCUGUGCGUGUGCGAGAGAAAGCGUGCGAAACAAAGGGAGCUGCUCCGGUGGUGUUUGUGCGUCGUGAUCCUCGGUGUAUAGUGUAGUGCAGUUUGCUGUGUGCGCUUGUAGUAGGUGGCGCACGGAAGAUCAACGGCACGGCAACAGCUGCUGCUAGUGCUCCUGGUGCUACGGGUGCUGCUGGUAGGGGUGUGUGGAGCAGCGAGGGGCCCGUGCAUAACGCGGCCGCGCACGUCACAACGGAGCGCCACAACCGAACUGGAACACGCGGUGGUUGGUGGUAGAGAGGGGUGCGGCGAUCGGUGGUACCUUUUCGUCGAGCGACCGAUCUCCGACCGAUCCGGCCGAUCGCGCUCCGCUGACGCCGCUGGCGUUGGGAGUUUGCCCGCACAUUAACAUAACAGCGCAAAGGGAGGGAAAAGGAACAAAAUCAAGAGUACGAAAACACGGCAAAGAAGCUGAAACACACAGAAUAGUAGACUAUGGAUCCCAUGUUUUUUCCUCCCUCCAAUGGAGUCCCUUCGGAGAGCAAGCUGGCAACGUACAUGAGUCGUCAAAAUGGAACGAACUCUGCAUACGGUUUGCCGGUCAGUCUUCAGAAAAUCACGCUCGACUCACCGAUAUCGAUAAAAAAAACACAGGUGACACCACAGUCGCCCGAAUUCAUUCCAAACAACCGGCUGAGCAGCUCAUCCUCGCCAAACUUCUACUCGUCCUACUCGAUACUUAGCAACAGCAACAAUGGCGCCGGAAGCAGCACCGUCGUCGGCAGUAAUGGCACGGUGGUGGCCACCCAGCAGCCAGCUCAACCGACCGCUCUGUCCACGGUCGUCGGGAAAAGUGCGGUCGUCGCCGGCGGCGGUGGAGGCGUCGGGUACGCGGUCGGCGGCAACAGUAUCCUGGCCGGCGCACUCGGCAGCAGUACGUCCGCUUUUGCGGUCACUCCGAACAAGGGUCGAAAUUUGCUGCGAAACGAGUCACCGCAAAGUACUAAUACAUCCCCUCGUAUUACGCCCCAACCAUCACCACCGCCAAUUACCACCAACAUUCAUCAAGAGAACGUCGGUGGCACCACGUACUUUUAUCCAACCGCAGCCAACCAUCAAUUGCCGUCGAGCAGUACAGUUAACACGACUGAUAACUCAUUUGUCCACAUAGCGAGCUCACAAAUUAAUCUAAGCUAUACACAUCCAGGUAACGGUUGGGAUGAUGCGAUUACCCUACGAUCGGGAUAUUUAUUUUCGCGCGAUUUCCCUUUCCCAAUAGGACACAUAUACCCGGGACCUGCGUCGCACGUUAUCAACAUGCAAUCGAAGGUACAAGUGUCGGCGGCAUUCUUCAUGCAGGAUGAACUGCGGAAUGAUAUUUUAGCGCGGAAUGAAAUAGUCAAUAGUAUCGAUAGCGAUUGUCCAGAUAUACCUCUCGAGGUGGAAAACUACCACUCGCUGUGUCUGCUGGAGUCUUUACCGCUUCACCCGAAGCUUCCACUACCGUCGUCCACGUACAAGGCAACCCACAGCAUUACCGGCGUAAAGUACUGUCUUCGACGUCUGCAUGGUUUCCGUCUUCAGUCCACCAAGUGCAUGCAGGUGGUGGACAUGUGGAAAAAGCUGCAGCACUCGAACAUCGUGCAGUUGCGGGAGGUUUUUACCACAAAAACGUUCGGUGAUAACUCGUUAGUGAUAGUGUAUGACUUUCAUGCCGGUUCGCAAACGCUACUGUCCAAGUACUUCACGUCCGUUCCGGAAACGAACGGAUACACCGAUCCUUUUGCUGGUGAAGCAAGGCCCUUCAGCCACAAAAGUUCAAUGCAUCGUACAAGCGCAACGUCUCUCCUGCCAGAAAACGAAAUAUGGUCAAUUAUCAUGCAGCUAAGUGCGGGCCUGCGCGCGAUGCAUCAGGCCGGUUUGGCUUGUCGGACGCUCGAUCCCACGAAGAUCAUUGUGACCGGUAAGCGGAUACGAUACAGCUGCGUGGGAAUUUCUGACAUCGCAACAUUCGAUCCGAACCAACAGAAUCCACUAACCGUCGUGAAUCAUCAUCAGCAGGAGGAUCUUACGGCCCUAGGAAAACUCAUACUUGCGCUUGCAUGCCGCUCCCUUCAAUCGGUCCAACGGGAUCAAAUCCAGAAUAGCAUUGAGCUAGUAUCUCGCCACUAUUCGCAGGAUCUUAGGAAUAUCAUACUAUGUCUUUUGAAUCCUACCGCCCGCCGUUCGGUGACGGAAAUCAUGCCGAUGAUUGGUGCCCGGUUUUUCGUGCAGCUCGAUGCACUCCAAACGCAAUGUGAUAUCCAGGAGGACGAGCUGGCGAAGGAGAUGGAAAAUGGGCGCCUCUACCGGCUGCUUGUGAAGCUCGGUUGCAUCAACGAACGUCCCGAGCUUAACCUAGACGUUACGUGGUCCGAAACAGGCGACCGGUACAUGCUGAAGCUGUUCCGAGACUACCUCUUCCAUACCGUGACCGAAGAUGGUCGUCCCUGGCUCAACCAGUCGCACAUAGUACAGUGCCUGAACAAGCUGGACGCUGGUACCAUGGAAAAGGUUCAACUUAUGUCCCGUGACGAACAAUCAGUAUUAGUAGUGACCUAUGCUGAGCUAAAGCACUGUCUCGAUCAAGCAUUUUCCGAGCUGGUAGCAGCGAGCGACGGAACCGUUUAGUGGCCAUCCGGCACAUCGAAUGCUACGACAAGGCGUGUUGGAGGCAUGAGUCCUGUUUCCGGUCCUGUUAUUUGUUUAGUUUGUUGCUUCUUCUGUCGAUCUAUCCCGGCUUAUCCUCCGUUUCUGGUUUUGCCCCUCCGAAAGGCGAUCGAUGGUUUAUGUUUUAUGUUGUUACGUGUUGCGUUCGGCUUCGCAAUCCACAAUCGACGAGAAUCGUUUAUGCGUACUUGCUGGA